CGGACGUCACUGCAGCUAGCAGCCCACCGCACGGCUCUGACAAUACAAGGAGGAGAUUGCCUCCCGUCCAGUCCUCCAACAUCAUGGAUGCCUGCGCACGGAUCAAAGGGGUCCCACUGAAGAGCCGUGCCACCAUGAGGAAAGAGACCAUCCGUGAGGGCUCGAACCCAUGCCUGAAGAGCCUGUUGAAACACAAGAAAGAGCUGUGCAAUGUGGUCAUGGAGCUGCAUAAUAAAGAACCACAGUGUCUUUCAGAAAUACAUUAUGUAUGCUUACCUAGUCACACCGAGGGGGAGAAUUUCACUCUACAGGCUCUAAAAUCUCUUUCCACUGAGAUGAUGGAGUUGCUUAGAUCACUUCAUGUGCAUACACUUAAAGAUGAAGAGAUUCUGCUCCUUAAAGAUCCCAAAAGACCCUUUGAGAGAAAAGACAGUGUUUCCCAGGUCAGCUGUUUAAGAGCCUUGUGUAUAUUGAGGCAUAGCCCUACUCCUCAGGUUAGUGUUUGCACCUUGCUGGGGUUGUUGGCUCGAUACACUGCUGGGAUAAGAUAUGCCCUGGAGUUACAGGUUCUGCAGAGGGGCACAUUAGAAUCAUGUCAAGCUGAGGAUGAUGACACAAAUCAGUCUGUGUCUUCUAUUGAAGAGGACUUUGUUACUGCUUUUGAGCAUCUUGAAGAGGAGGUUACAGGUGCCAAUAGCCAGCAGAACCUCAGAGACGUUGCCUCCCAGACUGCCCCCUCUCAUUUAAAAGACUUAUCAGGAUCUCGCAUCAUAAUAAGUUCCAUACACAAAAAUUCAGUGUGCAAGCAAAAGUCCACUGCAAAAGUGGCAGACUCUGUCCUGAAGUCCAUAUGGCCUGAGGAUUCAGAGACCUUGUACACACCUAGUAGCCCACCAAAGGGACUUGCUACCUCCCCAUCCCUCACAGAGUCAGAUGACUCAGACUGCUCCAGUCCCAGCCCUAUUAUAUUUCUGGAUGAAGUUGGAUAUCAGAAAAGUCUUAAAGCAAAACUUGACAUUCCCAAGGUCCCCAUUUUAAAAGAGGGUGUGGAAGACUCUGACUCAGAAGUCAGUGAAUUUUUCGACAGCUUUGAUCAGUUUGAUGAACUCGAGCAUUGUUUUGAUUCCAACAUCAAGGUCCUGAAAGAACAGCCCCUCCCUGGUCAAGUAGAGAAAAAGUAUAUUGACAACCCAGCAAUGAACCCUCACAAAUUUGAUCAUAGAACUCUCCCAGCCAAUGUCAAGAAACCGACUCCACUCAAGCCAGGAUCACCAUACAGUAUUCUCUCCGAUGCACCAGAUUCCCCACGGCUGGUAAGGACUCCUUGUGAGGAAAGCGUGCCGCUCUUCAGUCCAGUUCGUUCAUCAGCAUUUAGCCCCCUGGGAGAAGGAGGGUCCUUGGAGUAUUUUUGGAAAGCUGAUGGUGAUAGCUCUGAAUUACGUAAACCACAGGACCUUUGUUCCCUUUACAAAACGUACUCUGACUUUGCCAAUAACCUGUCGAGAGAAAUCCUCGGAUCUGUGUGUGGAUACUCCUCCCCUGUUGAUUUUAACAUUAAUAAGAACUUGAGCUGUGUGUGUCACAAGGAGUUCAAAAACACUAAUGGGUAUCUGAUGAAGCUGUCAGACAUUCAGGAGACAGUCACCAUCACCAAAUCCCAAUCACAGUCUCUGAAGGAUGGGAUUCAGAAGUUUGCUACAGACUUGGUCGAAAUAAGCCUUGGAAGUGCCUUAAAGGACUUGCAGAAAGGAGUGUCCUCCUGUACCACUACACUUUGCCAUUUGGCUGCAAGGCUGACUUCUUCAGUAUUUCAAAUGGCCUUUCAUGAGAUAGGCAUGCGCCAUGCAUAUGUCCUAAAAGAGCGUGCCAUAAAUGGACUGGCCAGUUUCCUUGUAGGGGAAGCCGUUUCUGGAGCCCUCAAAGACUUUCUGUUUGUGAAAAAGCAGAUUUUCAACAACACUGUCACUCGAUUUGCAGCGGACCUUGCUGAGGAAUUAGUGUUUGAAGGAAUUAUGGAGGUUUGCCAAUUUUCACAUCCCUCUACACCUCUUACACCAAGCGACUGGUCUUUUGAACAAGAGGAAGAAGUGGUUUCUUCCUAUGCUUCUGACCUGUCAGAGUCAGUUCUCCAAGAGGCUUUUAUAGAGCUCUCACAAGCUGACGUGACUUUCACUACACAAGCAGCCAUCAGCGUGUCAGUGGAUAACGUAUGCUAUGUAAGUGCUGAAGAUACUUCUUUAAUCACAAAGACCUGCAGUGCCCAGACCAGUUAUCCUGGAUCUCAGGCUCUAGAAGAGGCUGGAAACCAAGAGCAGGAUGGUUGCACAGUAAAGAAAGCCUUGUAUUGUGUGUCAGGUAUGGCCAGUUGUGUUUCAGUACCUGUGGCUGGCCAGGUCAUAUCUCAUGUACGAAACUCAAAGGAACCUUCUCUGUAUAUAUCCAGUAUUGGUCACAUAUGCCAGACCAGCCCUAAAAGAAUAAUUUGUUGCAAAGGGGAUGCUUCAAACUCGACCUCAGAUACUUCUUCAGUAACUCUGACUGAAUCAUUGCCAGGUUCUGCAAAAAAACAGGAUAUUAAUUUUGAGGAAAUAGUUAGCAAUCCAUCCACUGAAAAUGAUUCUGGCAAACCUUCAAUUGGCAAAACUUUUCAGAACUUCUCUGGCAAUAUGGUAGAAACCAUAGUAGGUGAGGCAUUCGAUCUCAUGCAUUCUUCAACAAAAGUGAAGAAAAAAGUGGAGGAUUGUACAGACUUUCUGAGCAAAUCUAUAGCUGCGCAUAUAUCCUCUCCAAGCCAUGGAAUGGUUAAAUCACAUGAUGCAUCAUCUUGGAGUUCACAAGCUCAGAGAGCACCCUUUCACUUGGUGUCAAAGGGUGCUUGUGACCUUACCUCCAGAAGUAUACAUCCAGUCUCCAAACACACUUCAGAAGUACAUCAUGCCAUGAGAAGGGACACAUUAGAAGUGCCCAGUUUUGAAAUUGCCUCCUGUUAUGGUAGAAAGGUGGGUGCAGAGGAGAUCUUUAGCAGUAACUAUGGAACAAAAUCAGUGGAAACCCCAAGCACUCCACCCUCAAGCCCUCAGCAACCAUCGGAAGAGCACAGUGAGAAACAGAUCAGACAUUUCUCCAAAAAGCUCAAAGGUAAACUUGCAAAAGAAUUCUCUCCUGCAACCCCUCCACCCACCCCAUUUUACCCAGCUGCCACUGACUCCAAAGAAGCUGGUUCAGUUUCAGACAAAGCAGAUUUUAUGCUAAAGCUCAUUAGGUCUCUUUCUGAAGAAGCUGGUAGCAAUGAAGAUGAGGAGGAGGACCAGGAAGAUGGCCUUCACUCCAGAAACUUACAGGUGGAGCUGAGCCCUAAUGUCAGGAACAGAGUGAAUGAGAGGGGUGCACUCCAUUAUGCCGAGCGUUUAGCAUGCCACAUGGUUUCCAUGGCAACUGAGAUGGACACACUAAGCUUUGGAGAGGUAAAAAGGCCUGAGGGUGAUGAGAGCAAAGGCAGUGUUGCCAUGCAUAGCGCACAGUUCUCAGAGCAGACGUUGAAUUAUUUUUGGACGUACGCUGGAGAAGUUGCUGGAGAAGUCAUCGAUGAUGUUAAGAGGAUGAUGAGUUCAACCAACUGUCGUCACAUAACAAUUAAAAGAGGAUCUGCAAGCUCUGCAGACAAACUUCAGGGUGUAGAUUACAAGGACUCUCUUCUGGGAAGCUUGGCUCAUCAAUGGUCUGGUGAUGUCCAGGCAUCAGUCCAUAGCUCUCAUUGUGGCGGUUCCAGUAAGAUGUCAUCAGAGUAUCCAAGCUGUGAAAGUGUCACUGAUGAAUAUGAAGGAUACCUUAUUAAAGUCCUGAAGAAAGAGGGAGGCAACCGAGAGCUUAUACUGGAUCAGUAUGCCACUCGUUUGGCCUAUCGAUCAAUAAAAUCAGGCCUUGCUCAUGCGGCACGAAAAAUAAAUCAGAGAUCCCCUUUGAGGUUUCACUCCUCUAGGUGUCUACACAAUGAUCGUAGCCACGAGGCUCCUCAAAUCCCCAUAUCUAAAUCAUCUGUACUUACUCAUGGAAAAGAUGGAUCCUCUUGUGAAUCUCUGCCAUGUGCUUGUCAAAACAGUCAAGAUAUUAGCAGUAAUGAAUAUAUAGAACUUGUGAACUUUGCCGAGUCACUGGCCUACAAAAUCACUUGUGAUGUUACAAGAAAGCUUCAAAUGUCAUCAAUUAGACUGCCAAAAUCUCUCACUGAUUCUUGCCUCUACAGGAAAUCCAACGUUGAGGACUUACCUGAAAAUUUUAUGAAAAGUACAUUUUCAUGCUCUCUUUUACCUUACACAGAGACUAACAGGCUGUAUCAUAGCACUGGCAGCCUGAAUGACGGCAAAUGCAACAACAAUAUCAUGCAAGUGAUUGAACAUUAUGCCAGGAAAAUUGUCGAUGACACUUUGGAAAUGACACUGGGCCCGGGAUGUAUUCAGGCUGCUAGGGACAGAAGGGCACUAGAGCCUAAUUCUUUCACAGAAAAGCUGGCUAAGGCGUACCAAGCCUGCCGAUACUGCCAAGGUCGAGAUUGCCUGUUUUGCAGUAGAGAUGGUGUUCGCAGUUUCCAGGGACUGAAAAAAAGGAGGCAACAGGAUUCCGAUGCAGUGAGUGGGCUAGAAAUUCCAAGAAUUCACAUUGAUUUGGAUAAGAGAGCUGCUUUUGCUGAGGAAAUGGUGUCCAGUGCUAUUGAGAAAGCGAAAAAGGAACUGAGCUGCACCAGCCUGAAUGCAGACAGUGGGAUUGGUCACGAUGGCGCAAGCUUUGCAGAAAGCCUCACCACAGAGAUUGUGACAUCCGCAUUAUCCAACGUCAGCCAAAGUGUCAACCUUGGUACUUCUAGGAGGGAGGUUGUCAGUGUGACAGAAUCAACCGUGAGUCAGCAGCUGAGUUUGAGUGUUGGUGAUGACAGUCUUGGUAGCUGGUCCAAUUUGAGCUUUGAAGAAGAACACCCUGAUGAGACCAGCAGCUUUCACCAUCUAAGUGACAGCAGUAAUGGAAACAGCAGUAGCUGGAGCAGUCUGGGUUUAGAAGGCGAGGUUUAUGAAGAACAUUUUUCCUUCUCUCCAGACAGUGACUACACUGAAGAAAAGGAAGCAGAGGCCAAGGAUGAUUCGGGUGGAGCAGUGCGAGUGGAAAAGGAACAUGGGCAGGCGGAAAGAGCUCUGUUGGUAGUGAGUACGGAUGUGAGGGUCCGGACUCUGGACCCCCAGCUGACAGCAGUGCUCCAGUGGAUAGCCGCCUCUAUUGCUGAUCUGCCUUUAAUGAAGCUGAACCAAUACUCUGCCCAAGAGCUCCAGCAGCUUCCAGCCGUGGCUCAAAGGCUAAGGGAGAGAGAGUUCAGGGUCGGGGAGCUCCUGCAGGCUCUGCUGAGAUACUUUGAAGAAUGCCGCACUGAGGAAGACCCUGAGAAUGGAGACGUGCGGCAAAGCCACAAGAGCCUCUUCCAGUGGCUUUUAGAACAGGCAUAAAUCACAAUCACACACUGCUGACAUCUGUCAGCCAUUAAAACGAUGAAGUUUCCUGUCACUUUUACAGUGAUCUGCAAUGUAUCUGCCAACCUUACAGCCAUCGCCAGUGGAAUGUGUUUGUUGCGUAUUGCUUAUGCACCGGUGGCCUCCCAGGGGGCGCCAUCCAAACAACUAAAGUAAUCUAAGGGCAGUUCGUUCAAGUAUGUGUAUUGCAUCCCAGGAUUCUUAAAGUACUUUUUUCUUACUUUCACCUCUCUUUUUGUUGUCAUGUUGUUUUAUUUAAGAUUAGACUACAUAUCACACGUUUGGUGCACCAUUGCUGAUUCCUACCCACGUGUUUUGCUUUCACACCCCACUGUAGUGUACACAAAAGACAGAUGAGUUGGUGUUUUGUGAGGGAAUCCCCAUUGCUGCAGGAAAGCUUAUGUCACCUUCAUACCUUUCUUUUGUGGUGAUGUUUCCACAUGUCGAAGGGCCCAGCCCAGCAAUCCACCACUUUUCCAUGUUUCUGGAGGGUAUUCCAUUACACACACACACACCAAAGAGCAAUUAUGACAAUUAUUAUUUUAUUAUUGUAUUUGCCCUGUUGCGUACAUUUCUGGCAACAACAUUUGGAUACCAGUCAUAACAGUUUAAAAAUAUAAUUCAAUUGAUUUAUCUCACAGUAAUUGGAGAGAGAGACACAAAUAUUUUGCUGUUUAAAGAAACAUUCCCCUUUUAUGCGUCACAAGUUUUUUUCCAAUCAUUAUUUCAGGAUAGUAAUGCCAUCAUUUUUUUAAGAAUAAAAAAAUAUCCUGUUAAAUACUGUAAAUUCAUAAUGGCUUAAAGUGAUUCGGCAUACAUUUGUUCGGUAAAUAUGCUAAUAAAGUAAAUUUGAUUCACCAAACACUGCACUUUGAGUGUACAUGGCCCAGUGACCAUAAAUUAAAAUCCCCCACAACAAACAUGUUUUAGAUCACUAUAGAAGUUAUUUUUGUUGCUUAGUUACUAAAAAACACAAAUAUACUUUAAAGCCGACAUUGAGAAGCUACUAAAAAGAUUACAGAACAUGUAAUUGAGGAAAUCCCUUGUAAGCAUUUAAAAGGAUCUAGAGAGGGGAAUUUCCUCUAGUUGCCUCAUGGUAUUGUCCACACAUUGGAGUGAGUAACUGUGACACGCUAGUAGUGCAUAUAAGGCCAUAUCUGCAGUGAGUAUAUCUGAACGACACACCAUCUGGUGCUGUUUUACACGGCAGCCGGGACUCAUCAAAAGUCUCUUCCAUGCUGACCCUGCUCUGACUCACUGCCUGCCCUUUAGUAUGCACUACACGUAAAUAUUGCACUUUACUGAGGAAUGGUUGGACAGGCCAUUCCCUAUAUCUUUGUCUAGACCUAAAAAAUGUCUUAAUUAUUGCAAUGCUUCAAUAUUAGAAUAGAUCGCCAAAGGCUAGUAGAUGUUGGGCACAGACAACUAUCAAGCCCUAAUCAAUAGUUUUGUGCUUAAAGGAAUAAUUCACCCUAAAAAGAAAAAUGAUUAAUUAUUUACUUAAAGUGUUCCUUUAAAUUGUAUGUUCAUGAUUCUUCUCAGAUACCAUUCAGAAAGGUUACAGUUUAAGUUGGACAUUGUUCUAUUUUGUGGAUUAUUUAAUAGUUUUGGACUGUUGCAUGCAUGAUGUUAUUUCAGUCCAUGCUUUAUGCAUUUCUCUUUAUGUGUGCAUGGAUGUCCUCUUCAUGGUAUUUUCAAUGCCGACUCAUUCUCUUGUGCAUGGUUUAAAUACAGCCAACAACAUAUAUGAUCACACUACCAGUGAUUCGUUACAGUGGAAAAAAUGCAAAUGCAUUUUUGUAUUCAUGCUGUUAUGCAACGUCGGAGCUGCCAAAUAUGUUUGGAUCUACACUUACGCAGUAUUGUUUACAUUAUUUUUAAAUAUUUGACAAACAAUUGCCAUACACUGUGUUUAGUUGGUCAUUUUCCUAUAUGAAUGUGGUAGUACAUAUCACCAAAACCAUAAUGUGGGAGAAGAAAGCGAAGUUAAAGGAAUCCUUUACUUUAUCCUUUCUGUCAUCAUUAACUAGCCCUUAUGUCGUUCCAAAAUCAUUUGACUUUCAUACUUCCAUAUGACUCACCUUUCACUUUCUUUGCAUUUUGUUUUCUCUCCAUACAAUGAAAGUGAAUGUUGAUUAGGGCUGUAAGCAUUAACAUCUCUGUGUUUCAAGGGGAGGGGGGCAUAUGGGUUUGGAAUGACAUAAGGGUCUCUUUGGGUGACCUAUCCUUUUACAUAUAAGAAAAUGGGUUCCUUAAGGCUUGGGUGAAUGAAUAAAUGAAAAGAAGUUGGCACAGCCAUGCCGUAACAUCCACGCUGCCUCAUGCUAAGUAGGAUUGUAUAUGCAUAUGUGCUCUUGCAGUAUUGUAAUCAUUAAUGCUGUAGAUGGUCUGCCCUUGUGUACUUAUUAUACACCUUAAUUUUGUGUACAUUCCUAUCUUUCACAAAUUAUCUGUUGCUAUUUUGUGUUAUCGAAAGCUACUUGUAUAAUGCAGAGUACAUGCCAUACUAAACAGAUGAAUAUUUUGUUACUUGUGCAGUGUUCCUCCAUACUGUAUCUCUUAGUGUAGUGGGCAAAUGAAACGCACUGACUUCUCUAUUUUCUUCCUGCCCAGUUGUAAAAUCUUGCCAAAUAAGAUAUUUAAUAAGUUAUGUUAGUAUAAGUUGCAAUGGUGAAUACACUGUCAGUCCCCCCCAGUGAAGUUGCUGAGUAGUUUACGCAUUAAAGCUUAAUGCACUACACCUGUACACUGUAAAAAGCUGUGGGUAAUAAAGCUUUUUCAUUUGAA